AUGUCCUCCUCAAUAUCACCUUUAUAUCGACCUGGAACUUUUCCAGCACUUUCAACUCGUCUUCUAUCUAGUGCUUCACAGUCAUUAAGACAAGCCAUUAAUUCACAAAUCCUUUUAAAAACAUUUUAUUCCACUCCUUUAAGAGUUGGUAGUUUACCACUUACAACCACAAAAGGGUUCACUUACCUAAUAGCUGCCUCGUGGCAUCCCAAAAGAAAACGUACGCCACCUACAGCAAUUGUCAAUUCAAUAUCUGAAAAUCAUCAUGCGUGGUGGAAAGAGCGUGUCAGACCUGGUAAAGUUGAUGCUGGUGAAGAUGCUUUUUUUUACGUAGGAACUAAUAACGGUGUAGCAUUAGGCGUUGCUGAUGGUAUGGGAGUAGAUCCUGCAAAUUUUUCUUGGGGGUUAAUGGAAAAUGCAGCAACAGUAGCUAAAGAAUUUAGUUCAGCAGAGAUUGCAUUAUAUAGUGCAUCGUCUAGUAGUAAUGGAAUGCCAGAUAUACUAGAUUCAAAAAAAAUACUGGCGGGGGCAUUUGACAAUUUAAUAAAAGGUGGUAAAGUGAAAGCGGGUAGUUCAACAGCUUGUAUUCUCUCGCUAUCAAAAUCCUCAGGAAUUCUAAACGCAGCAUCACUGGGCGACUCUGCCUAUUUGUUGAUUCGUGAUGGUCAAGUGAUUUACGAAUCACCAGCACAACAACAUUUCUUCAAUUGUCCAUACCAAUUAACAAUCGUUCCUGAACAUUAUCCUAAUCAAAAAUUAUAUUUCAAAGAUAAACCAAGUGAUGCAUAUCAGGCAAGCCACCAACUGCAAGAUAACGAUGUUAUUUUGUUGGCAACUGAUGGUCAUGUGAAAAAUUUAUCAAGACAAUUGACGGACACUGCUAGGCGUUUCUCAUUGGAUCCUAGACGUGUAAGUCCCUUUUCACAAGGUGCAAAGAAAAGUGGUGAAAGUAGGAUUGGAGGGAAACUAGAUGAUAUAACAGUACUAGUGACCUUGGUACAAGCAAAUAAAUGA